AUGGCAUCAUCUAUCAAAGAAAUCUUCUCCAAAGAUAAUUUCACAAGAAAUACGAAACUUGUUUUACUAACCACCGCCAUAGCCUUACUCUUCUUAACAGCCGUCACUGGAAUACCCGUCGGAGCUUCAAAAGCCAACGAAAACAGAAAACAAACUCUAUCUCCGUUGUCUCACGCCAUGUUAACAUCCGCUUGCAGCUCCACACGUUACCCUGAGCUCUGCAUCUCCACGCUGGCCACCUCCGGAGGCGUCAAGCUUACGUCGCAGAAAGACGUCAUCGAGGCUUCGCUUAACCUCACGACAACUGCCGUGGAACACAACUACUUCACCGUGAAGAAACUGAUCAAGAAGAGGAAAGGACUAACUCCUCGCGAGAAGACGGCGCUUCAUGACUGUUUGGAGACUAUUGAUGAGACGCUCGAUGAGCUUCACGAGGCGGUGGAAGAUCUACAACUGUAUCCUAACAAGAAGUCUCUCCGGGAACACGCCGGUGAUCUCAAAACCCUAAUUAGCUCCGCCAUUCCCAACCAGGAGACUUGUCUAGACGGCUUCUAUCAUGACCGCGCCGACAAGAAAAUCCGUAAGGCCUUGUUGAAGGGUCAG